CAAAAAUGAUUCCGUAGCAUAAAAGAUAACAACACAGUAAAGUUUAUGCUGAAAGCAUUUAUUUAUCACUGAAAGGUCAUGCAACUUCUAGAGGUCCUUGUCAAGCCAGUGAAUACACUAGUGAACAUCGAUUACUGAUAACGUCGCAGCGUAUCGCUGCGGCUUUCAGUAAAGUUAAUCCAAUUUUACGUACGCUUUCCAGUAGAGUCGUUAAUCCAGUCUGAGGUGAAGUGGGAACCCGCCUAGUCAUGAAAGACGAUAUCAUCUAUUUGGUCCUGCUGGGAUCGUGUAUAGGUUUCGGUCAGUUUUAUCGGAAGUUCCAGGACCAAGAGCAGAAGAAAUGGAUUGGAACUGCAUUUGGUUUCCUAGUGGUUCUCUCUGUGUCCGGUUUUCAUAUGCUGCAUCUGCUCUUCUGUUAUCUGGUGACCAGUCUUAUCAUAAUCUACAUUAAUCGAAGAAAAUGCCAUAUAGCGAGUUUUGUGUUCAUGUUUGGAUAUUUAUUCUUCUUCCGCUCUGUAACGUACCUGGGCUGGGAAGCACCACCUGGCCAUACCAAUAUGAUCCAGAUGAUUUUAACGCUGAAAUUAGUGGGAUUAGCAUUCGAAGUAAAUGCCGCAUACACAAAAUCGAAAGCAAUCGGACAAGCCAAGAAGGACGAAGAUGCAACAGCUGGUGGAAAGCCAUUGGAUACGGUUACCGAUAAUGAGAAAGCUCUCCUCAAGCUGGACAUGUUGGACAUUUUACAUUAUUCUUUCAAUUAUGUUGGGAUAUUGACUGGACCUUAUUUCACGUAUAAGACGUUUCGUGAUGCGAUUACUCUUCCGUUCAGUAUUAGAGCGGAUUGUAUCGGGGCUACGCUUGAGAAGCUGAAGGUCAUUCCACUCUACGCUGGAUUAUUUCUUUUAGUAUCCUUCAUUUGGCCUCUCGAUUAUGCCACUUCCACCGAAUUUUACGAGGAACGUUCUUUGUUCUAUCGACUUAUGUACGUUUGGCCAACAUUCUUCAUCUUCCGGAUGCGUAUUUAUACCGGUAUACUGUUGAGUGAGUGUGUGUGUACUAUGGCCGGAUUCGGUGCAUAUCCAAAGGCAUGCCAAAGUAAGAGUGGUCACGGACCGAGCAAGGACUGCAGCCCAAUGAUCAGCAAUUCCGAGGAACAUGAGUACGACUUUGAAACGGUGCGCAACAUCGAUGUUGUAAGUACGGAAACAUGCUGGACGUUCCGUGAAACAAUGAAAUACUGGAACAUGUGUGUCCAGUAUUGGAUGGCGAUGUAUGUGUACAAACGAUUCCCCAGUAAAACAUAUCGUACCCUAGCGACGCUUGCCGUCUCUGCCAUCUGGCACGGAGUCCAUGCAGGUUACUAUUUCUGCAUUUGUGCUGCCCCAUUCUAUCUACCCAUCGAAGAUUUAUAUGUGAAGCUGUUCAUCAAAGAUGCCACAGGAACUAAGCUGAAGGUUUUAAAUUGGAUUUGCUGGGUUGCAAAGUUUUUCGCCUUUUCCUACAUGGGAAUCGCUUUUCUUCUGCUUUCAAUUGAGAAAAUUUGGUUCUACUACGGUUCCGUGUAUCACAUUGCCUAUAUAUUCUGGAUAGUGACGUAUGUGGUGGGAGUAUUCAUUGCUCAAAUUAAGAAACGUAACGCAAGACGCACCGAAAAAUUACAACAAAGUGCUGCUCAAUGAACCCACCGUCUCCCACUGUAACAGUUGUGUAUCAGGGGCAAACUCAGACCUAUCAAUGUAGACCACCUUUAGAGUGUUAAGAAAGUAACGUACAUUGUAUAUUGAUGGUUUUUGGUUACCGUUGUAAUGAACUCAAAUAUAACUAGUACAAUUUAUAUUUAUUGUAUACACAAAACACAAAUACUGAUUAAUAAAAAUUGUAGUUUGGAUGAUUAUUA